AUGAGACGCCCACGUGGACCAGGAGGACGAUUUCUGACGGCCGCCGAGAUAGCUGCUCUUGACGAACAGGAAGCCAAGUUAGGACAACACCCCUCUCCUUCCUCUCCCUCCGCCUCUGCCUCUCCAUCCGCUGGAAGUGGUCAGCCCGAGAGCCACAACCACCAUCACAACAUUCAGGGACAUGGACAUCAUGGUCAUGGUCAGGGACGUAUGCAGGAGGGAGCCUCGACAAUAGUAGUAGGUGCAGUACCAGUUAGUGGGAACCAUACUCACCAACAACAACACCAUCAGCAACCGCAACAACAGCAGCUCACUCAAGGGAAUAACGGGCAGAUAAACAAGGUUAAGGCCACCAACCCCGCCAAUCCCAAUGCUGCCCAUAUCCAUAUCAACAAUGGCCACCAUCCAUCACAACCUCCACCACAGCAGCAGGGUGUUCCAAAUCAUCAACAUAUCCCACAGCAGCAGCCAGAAUAUGCAACAGGAUACGCGUCCUUCCAGGUUCAGCAUCAGCGUCAGCAGUCUCAGCAUGAUGAACUCCAACAGCAACAACAGCAACUUCAACAGCAACAGUACAAACGUCCACCACCGCAGCAACAACAGCCACAACAACAACAGCAACAACAGCAUUACCCUCAGCAGUACGCUUAG